UGUUGUAGCUCGGAGAGAGAGGAGGAGCCGCAACCGGUGCAUCGCAUAUCGACUCCAGCGGAUAAUCUGAGGCUGUCCCACACCAUGAAACAAAAAGGAUGUUGCCCUUUACAGCUCGCUUCGUACUGAUCCAAUGGUACAGGGGUUUCGUCUAAUGGGUCUUCAUUUGAACACCGUGGACCGAGCAUUAAAUGAAAGCAUUUGGAAUUAGCAGCAGGAUAUCUUACACCGGGCGAAUUGUGUUUUCGAGAGAGCAGUUUGUUGGCUGGCCCGUGUGGAUUUGACGUCUGUGUGCUGCUGGAUGUUUAGGGGAAAUAAGGUUGCCAUCGUUGUCCUAGAAGAUGGACAGCUUACACGAACUGGAGAAGUAUACGAAGGUUACAACUUGGAGAUCUUCCACAUGAAAACAUAACAACAAUAUAUCCUGAGGUGUGACAUCACACAGGAGAGCAUACUACUCUGAAUUGGGUUGCUCCAGUGUUGCAGCUUUCUUCAAGCUGCUCAACGUCAAAUCUGCCUUAAAAUGGAUACUCUGUUGAAUCCCGAGCUCAGGGAGGAUGUAAAAGAUUGUUCGAUCAAGGUUGAAAACCUCUCGAAACACGUCAUAUUCAAAGGGCUUGCCCCUAGGGUUGUAUUGACAAACCAUCUCCUGCCCAAAGGAACCAAGUCAAAAGUAAACCUUGAGGAACAGGGCCGACAGAAGAUCUCCUUCAGCUUUACGCAGACUAAGAAGCCACGUCAGAAUGUAUUUUUAGCCCCCCCAAGCCUGGAGAAGAGUGAGCAUUCAUCUCCAGUGCAAGCUGGGACUGUACCCACUUCAGAUCUAGCAGGACACAGUAAUGAAAUCAAAAAUGUGGAUGCCAAUUGUUCUGUUGUUGCCGCAGCAGUGAGGGAGUCCCAGAUAACACAUUCCCCAGUAUCCUUUCCACUCAAAUCAAAACAGGAUCUUGGAAAGAUCCAUUUUAAGAAACAGAUUCUCAGCAUUACUGUUGCAGAGGGUAACUCCAAUGUCACCACUGCCCCAGGUGAGAUUUCAAAGCCUGUAGUUCCAUCAAGCUCAGUCAGAACUAGAUCUUCAGCCAAGGUUGAAACUGAAACCUUAUUGCGACAGUCACACAAGAACUCUGUCAUUGAUAGUUCCUCUGAAAAAGUUAUUUUCAAAGAGGGAAACCCUCAGGAGAAAUCAGAUUCAUGCCUUAAGGAUGCUGUUUCUUCCCAUAUUGGGAAAGGAGAUACGGAUUCUUCCAUCAUUUCUGAGCAUGAAGAUAACAGAAAAUCCCAGUCCCGAUCAGACAGCACUCUUCCAGGUUCAGAGUCUGAAGGAAAGACUUCUACCCGAAGGUCUAGUGACCGGAAACAUACAGCAAAAUCUGAAGGUCAGAGUAAUGAAACGAAAAGAUCCUCUAAAUCCAAAACGGAGGAAUGUGAAAAAUCAAGGUCUGACCGAAAGGAAGAUGAAAAGGGUUCAAGUCGUUCCAAGUCUGAACGUGAGUCGAGGCACAUGUCUACAAGAUCAUCUCGUUCUGAAAGAGACAGGAGGAGGACCAAAAGUCGGUCGCGGUCUAGAUCCCGAAGCUGUCGAACUAGUUCUUAUUCCAGGUCUGAGAGAUCAAGGGGCGAUAGACAGUUAAGGUCAGAUAGGUCACAUUAUCACGAUUCUGAUAGAAGGUUUCAUCGAAGUUCUCCUCACCGUGAAAGGAGAAACUCGCGUUCUCGAGGCGAUGGCAGGUCUCGUGACAGCUCCGACUCAGAAGAGGACCACAGGCGGAUGAGGACUAGAGGUAGCGAUUCAAGUCGAUCAUCCAAUUACUCUAGCUCACAAAAAGACACAAAAUCAUCUACGCACUCCAGAUCCCAUAGAGACUCAAAAACAACAGAUUGUUCUCGAUCAACAGAGUCAGACAAAAGAAGUCAUUCAAAAUCAGAACGAUCUCAUGGAAAAAGUGGUGACUCUGAAUCCAACAAAAAGAGCUCUCUUGAAGCAUUGGGUGUUCACAGGACAUCUAGCACCCAGUCAAAAUCAGAGAUCAAUACUAAAACCUCAGAUUCCAACCCAGCUACCUCAUCAAGAACAUCAGAAAAGAAGGUCCAGAAAAACAGUGGCAGCUCUGACUCUGAUGAAGAGCAUAGAAAAAAAUCUCAGUCACAAGGGUCAGACAAGUCUUCUGGUUCCGGGAGUUCAUCAUACAAAAAAACAGAUCACAAGACUUUAAAUAAUGGAACAGACAGACAAUCAACUGACAGGUUAAGUAAAAAUACGAAGCAGUCACAUUUAGGAUCCAGUCAAAUUAUUCCGCAGAGGGAUUGCAAAGUUUAUGUUGAACCUUUGUGUGAUUACUUUGAUCAGUCUAAAUCUAAAAGUUCUCAAGAAACGCAUGAAGCUACGCACAAAACAACAAAUCAACAAGUUGAGCAUCAAUUUCCAAACCAAGAUCUUAGUAACCUGGAACAUUGCACAGAUGAGAGGCAAAAGACAACUGAGAUAUUGAAAGAAUCAAAUUCUAGUAGUCUCAAAGUUGAAAGUUGCACUGUGAUUGACAAAACUGAAAUAAAAGAUGAGACUCCAGUCCAAAAUGAAUCUUUGACAGCUGAAACGACUGAGACGGUUCUUGUGGUCCACACUCCAGACCAGGAUCCAGUAGGAUCACUGGCAGACCCUCUUUCUGUGAAAGAAUCACCACUUGGAGAAUGUUUGAAAUUAAACACUAACUUGGAUGGCUCAUCAUUAAUCAUUAGUAACCUUAGUGUGCCUGUCACACUAAGUGCUGAAUUUUGUGAAACCGAUUCUGAGCAGCUUAGUUUAAUGCCUGAACAACCUAAUAGUGGAACUGUGAAAAAAGAUAAUAGUGCUAAAAAAUCAAGAUGGGACAUUGUUGGGCAAAACACUUUAGAAUCUCAAAGCCCUAAGAUGAUGUUAAAUCCAGAAAUUGUCACCUCUCUGAAGGUCAUUUCAGUGAAAAAAAUUGAGUUGAAAAAUGAGACUAACCCUGAUGAAUCUGAAGUACAUUCUGACAAAUCUGUGGAAGGGCUAAGGGAUGUGACUUCUCUUGAAUCUUUGGAAAAACCAAGUACUCCAUUGCCUGACCAUGCCACUCAUCAAACGUGUGAUGAACAAGUUGUAAAUCUGCCUUCUGAAAUUCCUGAAUCAGAAAGUGCCCCUUUGGAUCUUCCUCGUAAUUUAACUAAUUCUGAAACAGUCAGUGUAGACAAACCAGUGUCUGAAGCAGAAGACCCUGAUUCUUUAAACCAUGAUGCUAAAUGUCACAGCGAGGACAGUGAGAGUGAAGAAUCUGACUCUGAUUCAGAUGAUGGACAGGUCUCUUUGAAACGACUACACUCUGUAGUGGUUGUGCCAAAAAAUUCAACCAUUGCUCUUGAGGCUAAAGACUUGACUGAUCCUUCUGGGUCCUCUGUAUUUCCUGACCAGCAGCAACCACCUGAUGCAGUUGAAGCCUUUAACCAGGAACCCGGUUAUAGAUUUAAUUCUCAGUCAAAGCUUGAGGAACCAUCGACUCCACACUUUAAGGCCAGUGCACUAAGGGCCGAUGAUAAAUGUCAAUCUACUUCUGCUGGUGUGUCUUACCAAUCGCAAAGCAACAUGGUUGACAGCACCAGCCAUUCAGAAGCCACCCAUCAUGUUGACAUAAAUUGGAGUGCCCAAGAACGACAUGGUGUCUAUUCCCAGAUCAACCAAGCCUCUGUUCAGAACUUUGACAAGACUUGUAGAAGACCUGAAUCGGGUCAUCAUCAGUACCAUGAUCGACCAGAUAGUUGGAAUGGAAGAAGGGGAGGAAGACAACAAUAUGAUGAUUCAGACUUUAGUGAUGGGAAGGGUUGUAAUUUGGCCUGGGAUUUCCACCAGUCAGAGCAGCCCAGCAGCACAUUUCAGCAACCUGACAGCAGUCAUGGUAACGAACGUCUGCCACAGCCAGGAACUGCUGUAUUUGAGGGUGGUAACAAACAAGGUCCGUGGGCUCAGCCUACUAUCUCAAAAACCAGCAAAUCAGUCAACACACAUGUGCCUUCUCAGUAUCAUGAUUCAGUCAACCAGAUUCAUCCAGACUCCCUGACCAAUGACCAUGAUGAGGACUGCGAAGGAAGGGUAAUGGGGAUUAAGAGAGGAUCUGUCCCAGAUGCAGAACAUCCAGGUUUUUCCCCAUUUGUUCAAGCCAAUGAGAUAAGUAGCAACUGCAGUUUCACCACAGAGGGACAACACAUCUUGGAAGCUCCUAAAGAAGACAACCAAAAGCCUCAUAGAGGAAGGGGUCCACCCAAGAAGAGACGUCAGGACUUUGAAUCAGAAUCAGAUAAUGAGGCAGAUGCUGGAUUGGCUAGCAAAAGGGAGUGUUUUGAUGAGGGUUCAAGGAGUGCCAAAGAUGGCAAGGAAUCAUCUGACCAAAUUCAGGAGGUACGUCGCCCACUGCUCCGUCUAAAAAAUUUCCGAGAUCCAGCUGAGUGGAAGGAUAAAGCAAAACAGAAAAAGAUGCCUCCUUACUUUGACCUUAUUGAGGAGAAUUUGUAUCUGACAGAACGCAAGAAAAACAAAUCUCAUCGUGACAUUAAAAGAAUGCAGUGCGAAUGUGCUGUCUUGUCAAGAGAAGAGCGAGCCCGAGGGAUCAUGGCGUGUGGAGAAGACUGUCUUAAUCGCCUGCUAAUGAUUGAGUGUUCCUCCCGGUGUUUAAAUGGAGCCUACUGCUCCAACCGCCGCUUCCAAUUGAAACAGCAUGCAGACUUUGAGGUCAUUUUGACCGAGAGCAAAGGCUGGGGUCUACGAGCCGCCAAAGACCUGCCAGCGAACACCUUUGUUUUAGAAUACUGCGGGGAAGUUUUGGACCACCGGGAAUUUAAGGCACGGGUGAAGGAGUAUGCCCGAAACAAGAACAUUCACUAUUAUUUUAUGGCUUUGAAGAACAAUGAGAUCAUUGAUGCUACACUAAAAGGAAACUGCUCCCGUUUCAUGAAUCACAGCUGCGAACCCAACUGUGAAACUCAGAAGUGGACUGUGAAUGGUCAGCUCAGAGUUGGCUUUUUUACCACCAAAGCUGUGACAGCUGGGACAGAGCUCACAUUUGAUUAUCAGUUCCAGAGAUACGGGAAAGAGGCUCAGAAGUGUUUCUGUGGAGCUCCCAGCUGUCGAGGAUUAAUUGGGGGAGAGACUCGAGUCAGUGUCCGGGCAGCAGGUGGGAAGAAACAGAAAGAACGCCCACGAAAGAAAGAAACUGAUAGUGCCCUUACCACGUUGGAUGAAGAGCUGGAGGCUCUGCAGGAGAAUGGGGAAGGCUUAUGCGGGGAGAAGGAUGUAAUCUCGCUCUGUAGGCUUAUGGUACGGGUGGAGACAAUGGAGCAACGACUUACCUGCCUCAAACUCAUCAGGAAUACCCAGAAUCCUUUGUGCCUGAAGCAGUUUUUGGAUCACCAUGGCCUCUCUCUGCUGUGGAUAUUUAUGGUUGAACUAUCAGAGGCCAAGACCAACUCUGUGAACAACAUCAAACUACAGUUUGAGAUAAUGAAGGCACUAGCAGUGCUACCCAUCUCCACAAAGAACAUGCUGGAGGAGAGCCGUGUGCUGCAGUUCAUCCAGCGCUGGGCACAGAAUCGUCCACUUGGUCAACCUGCAGAACAAGAUGGCUACUCUAGUGAGAGCACCUCACGUGCCCAGACGCCCCUCAACACCCCCGAUGGUCCACCGGCCAAGCUGAUCACCGAACUGGAUGGAGACACUCCCAAGCGAGCUGUCUACCGUAGGUUAAAGAUCAUCAGCGAGAACAGUCUGGACAGUGCACACUCAGAUGCUAGUAAAGCUUCGGAUGGCAAAGAGGAGGAUGAUGAGGAGGAAGAAGAAAUGGAGGACGAGGCUUCACAGUUGGAAGCCACAGUUGAAACAUCAGUCAAAGUAGUAGAAAGGGUUGAGGAAGCUCCUGCUGAGGGUCAGGUUGAGGUUGACCCCGUGUUGAAACCGGAAACCUCUGACACAGAGGAGAUUACGCUAUCAAAGUCUGAAGAUAUAAGCAAAGGAGAGACCAUAAAAGUGCAUGAACCUGAGGAGGCCAUGAAAGUGCAAGAACCUGAGGAGGCCAUGAAAGUGCAAGAACGUGAGGAGGCCAUGAAUGCUCAAGAACCUGAGGACGCCAUCAAAGCGCAAGAACCUGAGGAGGCCAUGAAUGCGCAAGAACUCGAGGAGGCCAUGAAAGAGCAAGAACCUGAGGAGGCCAUCGAAGCGCAAAAACCUGAGGACGCCAUCAAAGAGCAAGAACCUCCCUCGCAUAAACCUGAGAAGGUCAUCAAAGCGCAAGAACCUCCCUCGCAAGAACCUGAGGAGGUCAUCAAAGCACAAGAACCUCCCUCGCAAGAACCUGAGGAGGCCAUCAAAGAGCAAGAACCUGAGGCGGCCAUCAAAGAGCAAGAACCUGAGGCGGCCAUCAAAGAGCAAGAACCUGAGGCGGCCAUCAAAGAGCAAGAACCUGAGGCGGCCAUCCAAGUGCAAGACCCUGAAGAGAUCAUCCAAGACCCUGAAGCGACCAGCAAAGCCCAAGACCCUGAGGCGCCCAUUCAAACGCGAGACCCUGAGGAGCCCAUUCAAGCGCGAGACCCUGAGGAGCCCAUCCAAGCUCGAGACCCUGAGGCGACCAUCCAAGCUCAAGACCCUGAGGCGACCAUCCAAGCUCAAGACCCUGAGGCGACCAUCCAAGCUCAAGACCCUGAGGCGACCAUCCAAGCUCAAGACCCUGAGGCGACCAACCAAGCGCAAGACUCUGAAGAGACCAUCCAAGCUCAAGACCCUGAAGAGACCAUCAAAGCCCAAGAAACUGAAAAGACACUUCCCUGUAAAAACGAAGACCAACAGACCAACGAAGAAAAUGAAUUGUCUAAUGAAGAUAAGCUGGUAGAGGAGACCAAGAGUGAGGAGGUAUCUAUGAAUUUAGCAGAAGAUCAACCUGUACUUAUGGACAUCACAGCUGCAGAGAUCAAUGGGAAUGAAACCGUAGUUGCCGAUGUGGAAACUCCCACUGUCGAAGAACAGGUGGAGAAAUCAUCUGAACAGUGCAGCUCAGCAAGCAACACAAGUUCAAGCGUUGUGGAGAUUGCACCCACACAGCCCUUAGAAGUCUUGGAAAGCAUUUCUGAAGCCAAAGUUGAUGCCAUAGAAGGUACGCCUGCAGAAUCUCCAUCCGUCUCCAUAGAGACCACUCCACCUGGUUCCUGUACGGUUUCUUCAGCAAAUGCAUCAUCCGAGCCUGUCUUAGCCGCUGGUUCUGCAGAUACUUCAGCCGUUGGUGUUGUGGUCGUUCCAGCAGAGGGUGCUGCAGUAGGAACUCCCUCACAAGAUGAGGAUGUUUCUGAUGUAGAGAGUGAACGCAGUCAGGAGCCGCAAGUGCGGGCUUGUGAUAUCAGUGACAUGGCUGCCCGUCUGCUGGACAGCUGGAAAGACUUGAAGGAGGUUUACAGGAUACCAAAGAAGAGCCAGGUUGAGAAGGAGUCAAAUGAUCGCAGUCGUGAUCGGGAAUUGCUGAUGACCCCUCGCACACCCUCGAGCAGUCGGGAGAGAGAACGAGAACGAGAGAAGGAUAGAGAUCGAGACCGGGAACGGGAGAGAGAAUGGGAGCGUGAACGGGACUGGGAUCGGGACAGGGAUCGGGAUAGGGAUCGGGACCGUGAUCGGGAUGGCGAAAGAUCAACCCUUCGCAGUGCAGACAGGAAACGACGACGAGGUUCCACCUCCCCUCUGCCACCUUCAGCCUAUGAGAGAAACCGCAGAAAUGAUGACCGUUAUGAGCAGACCAACAGCAGCAAGAAGAAGCUGCACACCAAAGAGUCUCGUAACAAGCUGUCCACGGAGGAACGACGGAAACUCUUCGAGCAGGAAGUGGCUCAGCGUGAGGCCCAGAAACAACAACAACAGCAGCAGCAACAACAACAGCAGCAGCAGCAACAACUGCAGACACUCGCAUUCAACCCACUGGCCUACGCCUCCAGCCCGAGCUUCUUGGGCUACCCACCUGGAUACCCUAUCCAGACCUAUGUAGACCCCACCAAUCCCAAUGCAGGAAAAGUUCUCUUACCCACACCUCCCGUAGAUCCUAUCUGUGUCACAGCAGCUGCUGCGGGCACUGCCGUUACUUUUGAACAAACGCCAUCUCAGCCGAUCAUAUCAGAUCUUGGUCUGGCUUCACCUUCUUCCACCGUUACCCAGGCUGUACCCGUUUCCACCUUGACGCACAUCCCUGCCUCUUUGGAGCUGUCAUCCGCCACACCGACUCAGCAGUUUGUCCAGCCUGCUGUGCCAGCGCAGGACCCAAGUGUGGCUGUCCUGACGGUUCCUGCGCAAACAGCCAGCCAGCAGGUCCAGAGUCAGCAGGGAUACACCACGCUCUGGGACCCCAACACACAGCAAGCGGUCACAGUGCAGACACAACCGACCCAGCAAUAUUCCACCACAGCUCAGCCUCAGACAGCUAUCUAUUAUCAGGGUCAACCCUGCCCGACCAUCUAUAGCAUUCCUGCAGGAUACCCACAGACCAGCACUCCUGUCAUACAGGCAUACACUGAGCCAGCCGCCAGCUACCUGCACGGACAGCAGGUGUACACAGGGCAUCCGCAGGGUGUGGUCGUGCAGCAGGGAGGCACUGUCACCACAAUUGUCACAUCUCAGACUGUUCAACAGGAAAUGAUCGUACCCAACAGCAUUAUUGACCUGCCGCCCCCCUCCCCACCUAAACCAAAAACCAUCAUACUGCCGCCCAGCUGGAAGGUGGCGCGAGACCCAGAGGGCCGAAUCUAUUACUACCACAUCAUUACCAGGCAAACACAGUGGGAUCCACCCAGCUGGGAUGGGACUACAGAAGAGGCCAAUCUAGAACAUGAGGCUGAAAUGGACCUUGGGACGCCCACAUACGAUGAAAAUCCUUCAAAGUUCUCUACGAAGACGGCCGAGGCCGACACGUCCAGCGAGCUGGCCAAAAAAAGCAAAGAAGUCUUCCGCAAGGAGAUGUCACAGUUCAUUGUGCAAUGCCUUAAUCCAUAUCGCAAGCCAGACUGCAAGCUGGGCCGCAUCAGUAACACGGAGGACUUCAAACAUCUUGCUAGAAAGCUGACUCACGGGGUGAUGAACAAGGAACUGAAAUCGUGCAAGAACCCCGAAGAUCUCGAAUGCAAUGAGAAUGUCAAACACAAGACCAAGGAAUACAUCAAGAAAUACAUGCAGAAGUUUGGCUCCGUGUACCGGCCCAAGGAAGACACCGAGCUGGACUAAUGUCUCGGAGCAAAUCCAAGAACCUCCUUGCAGUCGCCGGCUCUGAGCAGCCGAACAAUUUUCGAAACAUCAGACAGGACGGCACCAGAGCGAGUCCUGUUGUUUUUUCCAUUGUCUUUCUGAACACGUCCUAGAUGCUGCUCAGGCCCGAGCCGUCCCGCACGGGGACGGUUUUACAAAGAGACACGCCUCGAAGGAAACGGCCGCGGUAUGACGUGCAGAGGACACACACAUCAAGGGUGCUACUAGACAGACUCUGUCGCAGAUUUCAUGAUAUUUUUAGUCUUCUCAAAAAUGAUCUAUAAGGCAGAUGCACUCACGUUGUAGAGGAGGAUCAUCUCGAACUCUUCUUCAUACAUUAGAUGGACCAUUUAAAUGCUUUACACCCCUUGCCACCCCACUCUGUUACUGUAGAUUUUAUUUAAGGGCUUUUGGUAGUCCAACUCCUUUCUGAUAUCAAUCAAGGCUGAUGAAGAAAACAAAGAAGUUCUGGCUCGGCAGUCACGACACAUGCUAAGGAUUACAGUCGCAAAUGUGAGCCAAUAGAUGAGCCUGUAUUCACUUUCUCAAUUACCGAUCAUCAUCUGCAUGAACUCACACCCCGCUCAGCAUUGUUUUUAUGCUUUUUAGACAUGGAGUUACAUUGAACGGUGCAGGUCUGUGGUCUAACCCCAUCUGAUCUGGUCUUGUUUCUCCUCAAGGUUAUGUAGCAAGAAGAUUUUAUCAAGGUCUUUCACACUGUUUUUACAUUAACAUUUUUAUAUUCGCAUCGCAGAGGCAAAUGUGAAGCCUUCCGGGCAACUUGUAGCUUGUUUUGGUGUAAGGAUCAGGUUAACUGUCCCAUAAGCUCUACCCAUUAAUCAACUCAUCCCAUAUUAGUUACCAUGCAUUAAAUCUGUUUCCAAUACGUGUAUUAUAUUGCUUUAUAUGUGAAUAUAUUGAGAGCUAGUUUUUGAGACCAUUAGCAGAGACUUUGUAAAAAGACUGUGGGGUUCUACUGUUUCUCAUGUAAAUAUGUGUAAUUAUACCAAACCGGAAUAAUGGGAUUAGAAGGAUGUGCUCCGUCCUCGUAAGUGUGACUCCGAUGAUCCUACAUCAAGCAGAAUUCCACACGCUCCUAAUGUUGGGUUGGGUUUUAAUAGUGGGGGUGUCAUUAACUUUUUCCUUGCUGAAAGACUUUGGAUUGUUUUAUAUGGACAUACAGGAGUCUCACCCCGCUCCACUGUAAGUACUGUGCAAGCACAUUGUCAUACUGAGUGUAAAAACAUUUUAAGGUAAAAUAAACUGUUUUCUAAAAACAA